CUCAACCAAGGCAGAUCUAACUGGAGUUACGGUAGUAGCGGUGAAAAUUAAAAAGUCGAGUCGACGCCUCUGUUACUCUUAUCACAACUUUCAUUGGCCAAAAUUUUUUUUACUUUGUGUACCCAUGACCCUAAUCUCCGAUUUAAUCUGUUGAAAAUACUCGCAAGAAUCCCGGUAGCUUAAACCAUUACCAAGGAAAAGGAAAAGUUAAAUCCAUAGGCCUCUGCUUCGUUACCACGCGUUUUCCGUGGUGUCCAAGGAUCCAAUAUUUCAUCAGUUUCAGUUCCUAUCGAACUUCAACCACCCUAGAUCUGUCUCAGACUUAUUUGUAUCUUGGGUGCCUCGGGUUACUGUAGCUUAGGUUCGAGCCGUAUACUGCAAUAUCUGCUAUUACGAUGGUUUUCCCAGAAAGCAAGAUGCCUGGAGUUUGCUGGGUUUUUCUGUUACUGCUUCUGUUUGCUCAUAUUUGUGAUGGGUUUUACCUUCCGGGAAGUUACAUGCACACGUAUUCGACUGAGGAUACUAUAUUUGCCAAAGUUAAUUCCUUGACUUCCAUUGAAACCGAGCUCCCUUUUAGUUAUUACAGUCUUCCUUACUGCAAGCCUCUUGGUGGAGUAAAGAAAAGUGCCGAGAAUCUUGGUGAACUUCUCAUGGGAGAUCAGAUUGAUAACUCCCCUUAUAGGUUUCGAAUGAAUGUGAAUGAGUCUCUCUAUCUUUGCACCACCAGCCUCUUGAAUGAGCACGAGGUUAAGCUUUUGAAACAGAGGACUCGUGAUUUGUAUCAAGUGAAUAUGAUUCUAGACAAUUUGCCAGUGAUGAGGAUUGCAAAACAGAACGGGGUUAACAUUCAGUGGACUGGAUUCCCGGUUGGUUAUUCUCCACCAAACAGUAAUGAUGAUUACAUAAUCAAUCAUCUCAAGUUCAAGGUUUUGGUUCACGAGUAUGAGGGAAGUGGUGUGGAGAUAAUUGGAACUGGGGAAGAUGGGAUGGCUGUGUUUCCCAAAGCUGAUAAGAAGAAAGCUUCUGGUUUUGAGAUUGUUGGUUUCGAGGUGGUUCCGUGCAGUAUUAAAUAUGAUCCAGAAGCCAUGACUAAACUUCACAUGUAUGACAAAGUUUCCUCUGUGAACUGCCCCUUGGGGCUCGACAAGUCGCAGAUAAUAAGGGAACGAGAAAGGAUCUCUUUUACUUACGAGGUUGAAUUUGUUAAAAGUGAUAUUAGAUGGCCAUCACGGUGGGAUGCUUAUUUGAAGAUGGAAGGUGCACGCGUGCACUGGUUCUCAAUUCUAAAUUCUCUAAUGGUGAUCACUUUCCUUGCUGGUAUUGUGUUUGUCAUCUUCUUGAGGACUGUGAGGAGGGAUUUGACAAGGUAUGAGGAACUGGACAAAGAAGCUCAAGCACAAAUGAAUGAGGAGCUUUCUGGGUGGAAGCUUGUUGUAGGAGAUGUCUUCAGAGAACCAGAUUGUCCAAAGCUUCUCUGCGUGAUGAUUGGAGAUGGAGUUCAGAUUAUGGGAAUGGCAGCUGUCACUAUAGUUUUUGCUGCCUUCGGUUUCAUGUCACCAGCUUCACGAGGAAUGCUACUGACAGGGAUGAUUAUUCUUUAUCUUUUCUUGGGUAUUGUGGCUGGGUAUGUUGCUGUACGUCUCUGGAGAACUCUGAAGGGAACUUCAGAAGGAUGGAGGUCUGUUUCGUGGUCCGUUGCGUGCUUCUUUCCUGGAAUUGUCUUUGUUAUCCUUACGGUAUUGAAUUUUAUUCUGUGGGGCAGUAAAAGUACUGGUGCAAUCCCCAUUUCCCUGUAUUUUGUACUUUUAUCUCUCUGGUUCUGCAUUUCUGUGCCUCUGACUCUCAUUGGAGGAUUCAUAGGGACCAGAGCUGAAGCUAUUCAAUAUCCUGUAAGAACCAACCAGAUUCCUCGGGAGAUUCCUGCACGCAAAUAUCCAUCAUGGCUUCUUGUUCUUGGUGCUGGGACCCUUCCAUUUGGAACCCUUUUCAUUGAACUCUUCUUCAUCCUAUCUAGCAUCUGGCUUGGCAGGUUUUAUUACGUGUUUGGCUUCUUGCUUAUAGUUCUUCUACUACUGAUCAUCGUUUGUGCCGAAGUGUCAGUGGUCCUUACCUACAUGCAUCUUUGUGUCGAGGACUGGAGAUGGUGGUGGAAGGCUUUCUUUGCUUCGGGUUCAGUAUCACUCUAUGUGUUCCUCUACUCCAUUAAUUACUUGGUCUUUGACCUACAAAGUUUGAGUGGUCCUGUGUCAGCUAUUCUUUAUCUCGGGUACUCAAUGAUCAUGGCGAUUGCGAUAAUGCUGUCAACAGGCACCAUUGGCUUCAUCACAUCAUUCUAUUUUGUCCAUUAUCUCUUCUCAUCCAUCAAGAUCGACUAAAAGUUUCAUUUGGUGAUCUUCAUCAACUGGUAGAAAAGACAUAGGCAUGUAAGAGUAUGAUAUAUCGGUGAAGUUGCCAUUGGUAGCUAAUCAUGUUACACUCAUCAAAGAGACACUCAAAAUCAUUCAAAAUUAUAUGUUAAUUUUGGUGGUGGUUGAGUGUAGGACCUGAGAGAUUUAAAAGUCUGAUUAGUAGUUACGAGUUUUUGUUUGGAUUACAUGUAGGAAGUUGUAGUUUGUUGGACGUUAAAUCUUGUAUUUUAUCUCAUAUUUUUAAUCAAAUAGAAACAUUUACUUUCUAA